AUGUUUGUUGUACUUUCUCUCUCCUUAGCGUCUCUAUGCCAUGGAGCGUGUGUGGAGGUGGAUUCUGACACUGACGCAGUGGUCAAUGAAGGCUUUAAGCUGGGCUGUAUCUCCUGUAAGAUGAGGGGCGAGGUGCCCGCCGAGGCCACUGUUGAAUGGUCCUUCAUGCCCAAAGGGGAGAGCGAGUUCACAAAAAUCUACAGCUACGAGGAUCUAAUGAGCGACAUCCCGGACGAGCGCUUCUACGAGCGUCUGGACUGGAACGGCAGCAAGAAGACCAAGGACCUGCAGGACGGCUCCAUCUACAUCCUGAACGUGACGUGGAACGACACGGGCACUUACCGCUGCAUCUUCAACCGCACCCUCACCUUCACCUCCUACGAGUUCCACACCAACGCCACCAAGAUCGUCCACCUCAACGUGGUGCCAAGACUGACCAGGGGGAUAGCGUCCAUCUUGUCUGAGGUGAUGAUGUAUGUCACCAUCAUUGGGCUGCAGGUAUGGCUGGUGGUAGAGAUGAUUUACUGCUACAGGAAGAUAUCAGCACAAGGCGAGGAAGCAUUGAGAGAGAGCGCGGCGGAGUACUUAGCUAUAGCUUCGGAGAGUAAAGAGAACUGUGCAAUGGUGGCAGUGACAGAAUAGCACUGGUUAAAGAAUGGCUCCAAACGACGAAUAGCUCUCGAUAGCCCUUCAACACUUCACCCUUUCUUCCAGACUUCCAUUAUGACACCAUCUCAUUACCCCAUCCAGGAGGACAAGCAGCCAAGAGGCUUGUCCAGAGAACAGAUGGAUGAGAAGUGAAACAGCCAAUGAAAAAGGACGUCACUGUAUUUAAAAGCAACUAUACAGCACGAGUGUACUAUCUAGCAGUACUAUAAUAUCAAAGAGAGUUGUAAAUACAGUACGUAUGCUUAAUUAUGCAAUCCAAAUCUUCAUUGUAAUACUGAUACAUUAUAAUAAGUUAGUUCAUACAUAGCAUUGUACAUUAAGUAGAGCUGCAUGUUUUAGUUUAAACAUUUGAAAAUGUUUAAACUAUCGUUCUACCGUUGUGACUGGAAACCUCAAUAUGCAACAUCCAUACAUAUAUUUAUUGCAGUAUAAUUGCAUUCUCUGCAUAUUUCAUUAAUGCUUUAUUUGCUAGAUUUUCCUUACCAUAUUUACAACAACCAAGGGCUUGUGAUAUUAGCUACCAUUUUACUGCCAUGGGAAACUACCAUAAUUUGUUCAGUGUGCCUAGAGUAGGAAUGUCUGACUGGUCAAAGACCAAAAUCUCUACGGAGCAGAAUACAUUGAGCUGCUAUUGAAAAAGAAAUUGACAUCCCUGUCAUUCCCAUUUGGCAGUCAAUUCUGUAUUAUACCUCCAGGGGCAGCAUAACACUGCCUAAUGUGGACUGCAAUCUUGCACACAUACUUUCUUGUAUAAUUUCCUUGGGAUCUGGGUUUAACUACCAAGGGGUCUGGGUUUGCAACAUUUGAAGUACGGAAAAGUGAAAGAAUAAUAGGAUUGUUAUUGCAUGAUAACUGCCACACAUGAACAAAUUAUAAUUAAUGUUCAAGAUUCUGAAAUAUUCAAAAUUCCCUAUAAAAACCUUGAAGCUGAUUUGGUCAGAUUAGAGAUUCUAGUCACCUUUCACAGAACUUCUACAUUCAAUAGCGGAAUAUAUGUUGGGAAAAAACAACAGGCUUAUAAUAGGGAAUAGUCGACUUCUGCCGUCAUUUAAAAUGUUCACUGAAGAGAGCUGAUCCAGUACACACUACUGUGGAAAUGUUGCUUGCCAAAACGGUCAGCUUUAUACCAUAAUACAAUUGUCAUGUGAGAAUGGAGUAGGCUUUAUGUCUGGUUUAUUAAAUCAAAACAAUUUCUACCUUAUCAGAUUUUUAUGUUUGUGGGAACUUUUCAGGUCUCUGACAAGAAAGACCCUCUUUCACACGCACACAGAGACAGACAGAGUGUAAUAAUAUAAUCUGAAGAGCAUAGAGGCAACUGAAGUGUGGGACAGAAAUGGCCUGUUGUUCUGGCAUGCAGUCACAUGUUGUAUGGCUGUCACUGAGCUGUGGCUAACCUCAUGAUAGAGUACCUGACUGGAACCUGGUGAUGUCACAUUUCCAGGGAACUGACGGGCUGCUCACUGGGAGUCAGGAGGACCAGAUAGCAGAUAAUGUAGUCUGUUGACCAGGGCGUUGACCAUGACCGACUUCGGCAGUGGUCAAACACAAACUUUCCCUUAUGACCUUUUAAAACCACUCGUAUUAAAUAUUUAAUUGACAAUUUCCAAAAUGUACUUCAACAUAAUGUACAAGGUGCCUGAGGGUGGCCUUACAGUUAAGGGCCCUAUACUCUGCACAUAUACCUUCUCCCCCUAUUCUAGCUUUGACUCGACUGAUAGCUACGUUGACGAAAAAUGUACUUUCUAUACCUGUAAAAUGUGGUUGUCCCACCUAGCUAUCUUAAGACGAAUGCACUAAGUUGCUGUGGAUAAGAGCGUCUGCUAAAUGACUAAAACGUAAAAAUUGUACGUAUCCUAGCGACUACCAGCCCUACAUUGCAUCUUCCUUCUCUCCGUCUCCUCUUAAUUUCAUACCGUCUCUGUUAAUAAACAAGAGUUCAAGUUGUCUCCCUUUAAACAAAAAAAUACGACAAGGUUUGAAAUUCUCCAUGAACUAACGUGUCCUCUGACGCUCAGUGGGUACAGCAUGGCGCUUGCAACACCGGAACAGUGGGUUGGAUUCCCGGGACCACUCGUAGGUAUAACGAAUGCACGCAUGACUACGUUGCUUUGGGUAAAAUCAUCUGCUAAACGCCAGAUAUUGUACUGAUAUAUUAUCUAAGAGGGGAAGCAGUACAGGUGGGAGUCACCCAAUGACCGCCCUUAAACAUAUAGAUAUAGCAGGGCAGAUCAAUUCCUGUGACAUUAAUAGAUCGUAACAGUGUCUCCUGCUCCUUGGUAAUGAUGUAGGCCAGUAGAUCAACUGUGUUUGUAGGUCAAUUGACAGUAUCGAUCUACAUGGACUUUGUCUGAAGUCGCUGUUAAUGGCAGACAUCUAAAUCAAUGAAAUGCUUUGCCUCAACAGGUCAAACCAACAGAUCAGCUUGAAUUUGGACACGGUGGGAAGACAGAAAGAUGACAUAAUUACACCGACUGUUUUGAAAUACUUUUUUUAGUUAAACUUUAUGAAAAUGGUUGACGACACACACACUUAAAAAAAAAAUAAGACUCCGAUGAGUUGUUGCAUAUUUUAGAACUUUUCAUUUCUCUCCAGGGCGUUGUGUACAAUCAAAUCGUUUACAGUACAUUUGCUCCCCCGACCCCCCACCCCCCUGAGCCUAAUAAAUAUAGUACAUCCUUUGAUCACUCACUGUUUGGCCGUGCACAGCAAGGCUCACACACUUACACAGCUGACAGGCAAGAGACGGAAGGAGUGGGGGGGAGGCAGUACAACGAGGAAAGAGAGAGAGGAAGAGUGAAAAAGAAAACAGGAGGGGGGAUGAAAAGGAAAAUAAUUAGGAAAAGAGAACGAUGGUUUUGAUAGUCAGUGAGAGGAAAUCAGGGGGGGGGGGGGGGGG